AUGCCCGCCUUUUGUCUCAGAGCCCUUAAAUUCUCUCUUCCAAGAAAUUCAUUUUACCUUCGUUUCUUUUCUCUCCAUGUUAGCUUUUUCAAUUCCCCGACAACAUUUUCGAAAACCCAUUACCUUCAGUUCACAAUCAAUGAGUACCAACUCCUCCAUUGCCUAUCCCAGUGUAGGAUUCAAGAUGCAAACAACCUUCUCAACAAAAUGCCUGAGAGAAGCCCCCAUAGCCGUAUUGUUUAUUGGACUUCGUUGCUGACAAAAUACUCGAGAAAUGGCUUCAUUGAUGAAGCUCGAGCGCUCUUUGAAAUAAUGCCUGAGAGAAAUACUGUCAGUUAUAAUGCAAUGUUGUCAGGGUUUUUGCGGUGUGGGAAGCUUAGUGAGGCAAGCAGGUUGUUUGAAGAGAUGCCAGAGAGGAAUGUUGUUUCCUGGACUUCCAUGCUUUAUGGGUUGGCGGAUGCAGGAAGGAUUUGUGAGGCAAGAAGGUUGUUUGAGGAGAUGCCGGAAAGGAAUGUUGUUUCAUGGAAUGCGAUGAUUGUUGGGUUAAUCAGAAAUGGAGAUUUGGAGGAUGCAAGGUUGGUUUUUGAUAAGAUGCCAGUCAAGAAUGUGGUUUCUUGGAACGCCAUGAUCGAAGGGUACGUGGAGAAUGAUAGAAUAGAGGAAGCAAGGGCCUUAUUUGAAGAGAUGGAAGAUAGGAAUGUGAUUACUUGGACAAGCAUGAUAGCAGGAUAUUGUAGGGCAGGUGAAGUAGAGGAGGGAUAUUUUUUGUUUCAGAGGACUCCGAAGAGAAACGUUGUUUCUUGGACAGCUAUGAUUGGAGGAUUCACAUGGAAUGGCUUCUAUGAAGAUGCAUUGUUGCUUUUUCUUGAGAUGAAGAGGAGCACCCACAUAAUACCAAAUGCAGAGACUUUCAUUUCACUUGCUUAUGCUUGUGCUGGUGUUGGAUUUCAUCGUCUUGGCAAGCAGUUACAUGCUCAAUUGAUAAUUAAGGGGUUAGAUCAUGAUGAUUAUGAUGGCAGGUUAUCUAAGAGCCUUACUUACAUGUACUCUUCAUUUGGCUUCAUGGAUUCUGCACACUUUAUAUUUAAUAAGAACUCAAAUAAUAAUAUUGUCCAGUCUUAUAACUGCAUGAUAAAUGGUUAUAUUCGAAUUGGCCAACUGGAAAAGGCUCAAAAUUUGUUUGAUACCAUGCCUGUCCGGGACAAGAUCACUUGGACUUCAAUGGUUGAUGGAUAUUUUAGCACUGGAAAUGUAUCCCAAGCAUGCUAUCUAUUCCGUAACAUGCCUGACAAGGAUGCAGUUGCAUGGACAGCAAUGAUUUCAGGGCAUGUCCAAAAUGAGCUUUUUGAUGAAGCUACCUAUUUGUUCUCAGAGAUGCAGACUCAAGGUAUUAGUCCUCUAAGUUCUACAUAUGCUAUUCUCUUUGGAGCUGCAGGUGCAAUGUCAUGUCUUGAUCAGGGGAUGCAAUUUCAUGGUAUGCUGAUAAAGACACUAUCUGACAUGGACUUGAUUCUUGAUAAUUCUCUGAUCUCCAUGUAUGCAAAAUGUGGCGAGAUACAUAGUGCAUAUAGAAUAUUCUCACACAUGACUUCUCGUGAUCUGAUUUCUUGGAAUUCCAUGAUCAUGGGAUUUUCACAUCACGGACUUGCAAAUGAAGCGCUAAAAGUUUUUGAAGUCAUGCUGGAAUCUGGAACUCAUCCAAAUUCGAUUACCUUUCUGGGUGUCCUAUCAGCAUGUGGCCAUGCAGGAUUCAUCAGUCAAGGAUGGGAAUUAUAUAAUGCAAUGAGUGAUGUAUAUGCAAUUCAACCAGGUUUGGAACAUUACAUUUGUAUGAUCAAUAUUUUGGGCCGAGCAGGGAAAGUGAAAGAAGCAGAAGAAUUCAUUUUGGGACUGCCUGUUGAAAGAAAUCAGGCUAUUUGGGGUGCAUUGCUUGGUGUAUGUCGUUUUAGUGAGAAAAAUGCAGACAUUGCUAAAAGAGCUGCCACAAGACUCCUUGAGAUGGAUCCACUGAAUGCAUCUGCCCAUGUACUGCUCUCCAAUAUCUAUGCUGCAAGUGGCCAACAUAUUGAGGUACAAAAUUUGAGGAAAGAGAUGUGUUUGAAGGGUGUGAGGAAGGUCCCCGGAUGCAGUUGGAUAGUGCAAAAUGGAAGAGUUAAUAUGUUUCUUUCAGGAGAUAAAUUAGACUCCCGGGGGAAUGAAAUGCUAUCAUUUUUAUUUCACUUUGGUGAUGGAUCAUAGAAGAAGGUAAGAAAUUUUCAGUUUAGUGAUAGAUCAUAGAAGGUAUGAAAUUUUCAAUGUUUGGACCACAACAUGGAGAAUGGAAUUUUGCUACGUAGCUGUGUGAAUGGAUAGUCUUACUUUCCACUUUCCAGACACAUUGUUGACUGGAGGAGAAUCAAGUUGCCUUUAUUUUCACUGUAUUCGGAAGGAUGCUUAUAUAUAUAUAUAAUAGUAGCCGACCCAUGUACAUUUACAAUCUCAAUAACCUGACUAGAGAUUUUGAAUCCUAGAAUAUAAUUUCUUGUGUAUAAAAUUGAGAAGUGUUAAUCCCAACAAGGAAAGAAGAUCUGGAAGCAAUAUGUACAGCAGUUUAUGAUGGAUCUCUAAUGUUUCUGGAAGAGUGUGCUUGUUAAACAGGAAAUUAAAAGGGGAAAAAGUUUAGUUACUUCUUUUUGGGGAUUUUUCUCAAGAUUCUCAUGAUUCAUGCAAUAUUGAAACAUGUCAAGCAGUGGAUGUUGCAUUCUCCACAUGAAAUUCUGAAGAAUUAAAAAAAAAUUCAAAAGGAGAAAAAAAAACAUUAGAGCAGUGUGUUUGUAGAAAUUGAGAAAGGUGAUCUGGUUAUACUUUGCAAAUGUAUUAUACUUUUUGACAAUUGGGGGAGAUGAUUUAACGUUAGUGAAAAUUGAACACUGGCAUCCACCUUGCCAAUGUAUGUUAAGUUGUCUAACCUGGUAGCAUAUAUACCACCAUUUUCACUGAGAAUUGGAUUACAUAUGUGAUAGAGAUGUUUUUGUUUCAGCAGGCCCAGGUGCUAUUACUCAUUCUGGCCCAAGACCAUUCAAAGUUUAUACUAGAAGGAGGAAGGAAGGAAGAGAUAAGGAGUGUACUACACUACUGCAAAUAGACAAGGAGAGUACUACACAGCUGGAAAUGGACGUUGGAGAGAAAUAUGGAGGAAGGGACACGUAGCUGAAAGCAGUUACAGUAAUAAGAGCAAAGCAGAAUAUAAGGAAUGAAGAAUAGAGUAGAAGGUGUGGAGGAAUUGGGUAAAAAUUGGGCAGAAUUGUUUCUGCACGGGAGUCAUCCUGGGGGUUGGGUCACCAGCCAUUUUUUUAUCUUUCUUUAUCUCUUUUUCUUGACUUUUAUUUCUAUAGUGGAAGCCAUCAAUGGAAUUGUAUUUCCGAAGGGGUGUAUUGUGCUGAAAGUCUAUCAAACCUUUGUAUUACUUUAAUACAAUCAAUCACAGUUUCUAUAUUGCUCUUA